AUGAGGAGCAUGACUCUCUCUGUAGCUGCUGCCACGAAUUUACCUCCAUCUUCUCCCUCGGGUCCACCUCUUCAGCCACAGAAUGCGACUAUGGAUGGGGCCCCGACAGCGUCGAGCCGCGAGCCAAAACAUCCUUUAAGGCGCGCUCCGAGCUCCAGCUCCAUGAACGCUCCUGAACACAAUCAUAACUCUCCUCUGGCAAGAAAGACAUCGCGAAGCUCCUUACAAGAGCAAGCUCGAACUCCACCGCCGUCUCCCUCAGUAAGACGGUCAUCAUCAUACAUAACCUCAUCCCCAAGACCGAGUUUGAACAAAAGACCUUCGCUUCCUCCGCCCGCUGAAGAGGUCUCAAAACCUCCUUUGACCGCUGCCGACGUUGCUCUGGGCUUCUUUAAGCGCGAUCUCGAACUCAAUCACAAUGAGUUCGAGAAGAAGGGCAAAAGCAAGGUCAUUGUUGUUCUACAAGACGACUGCUACGGUCACCGGUACGCAAGACCCCGGACGUCAAAAGCAAGUCUCAACACGAUCGUGGAACGCCCAGAGCGCAUACAUGCCUCAAUUUUAGGCCUUGCAACAGCUUAUGUACGUCUUGGGGGGCGGCAUGUGGGAGGGUAUGCAGCUCCUCACCCUCAACGACCUUCACACUCUUUUUCAACCGUGCCUUUUAAAUUUCACAAAACUUCAAGAAAAGUUUCCCUUCGUUCACCAGCCGCCGUGGCCAUACACGGUCUUCAAUGGAUGAACGAAUUGAGCGCCAUGUGCGACAAAGCAGAGGCAAACCUGCUUUUGAAUCGAAAAGAGCUCUUACGUCCCACCGAGCCAAAUGACACGAAUGGUGGUCUAGAAGAUAAAAGGCCAACCCUCCACGAGGGUGACUUGUAUCUCUGCUCCGGCUCGUUGAAAGCUCUUGAAGGGGCGCUAGGGGGCGUAUGCGAAGCGGUAGAUGCUGUAUUCAGCAAUGAGGACAGUACACGGGCUUUCGUGUGUAUCAGACCUCCAGGACAUCAUUGCUCCGCAGACAUGCCGUCCGGUUUCUGCUGGCUGAACAACGUGCACGUGGGAAUUUCGCAUGGCUCGAUGACUCAUGGACUAACACAUGCCGCAAUCAUCGAUUUUGACCUUCAUCAUGGCGAUGGUUCUCAGUCUAUAACAUGGGCUCACAACUCUAAAGUGGUUUCGAUGCCUAAGAGUACACCUAUGUCGAAGAAGACCUCCAUUGGUUACUUCAGUUUGCACGAUAUUAACUCCUAUCCUUGCGAAAUGGGCGAUGACGAGAAGGUCCGCAACGCAAGUUUAUGCAUCGAGAACGCUCAUGGACAGUCCAUUUGGAACGUCCACCUGCAGCCAUGGAAGACGGAAGCCGAUUUCUGGGCAUUAUAUGAAGAUAAAUAUCUUGUGGUGCUAGCAAAAGCUCGGUCUUUCCUUCGAAUUCACAGCAAUCGUCUUCGUCAAAGUUCAGCUUUUCCAAAGCCGAAGGCAGCAAUUUUUCUCUCUGCUGGUUUCGAUGCAAGUGAAUGGGAAAGUCAGUAUAUGCAACGCCAUAACGUCAAUGUACCCACUAGCUUUUAUGCUCGUUUUACUCGUGAUAUUGUCAGUAUGUCCGAGGAAACUGACCUCGGAGUCGAUGGCCGCAUCAUAAGCGUGCUUGAGGGCGGUUACAGUGAUCGAGCCUUGAUGAGCGGUGUGCUCAGCCAUAUGAGUACCCUCGGUUCAUCUACCAGCGCAUCGCAUCCUGCGAGCGAUGGCCAGAGCCCGAGCGCGAAGGUGGAAGGUACACUGGAGUCCCCGAAGACGGUCGGCGUAACAAAGCACGAGCCUUCGCUAGCUAUUGAUCCAACUGGAUCAAUUGAUACGAAUUGGUGGUCUUUACCGUGUCUGGAGGAGAUUGAGGCAUUGCAGAGGCCGCAGGCGGCAUUGGCCCUUCCAAAAAAGCAGCGGGCCAGUGUCAAGCCUACUUAUACCUCUGCAACAGAAUCCUACAAAGCCAAGAUAGUGGAGCCUUCAUUGGGACGGCGCUCGCUCUCUGGCUCCACGGCUGGCAUGUACACGCCUGGACCUCGCCCUCCAAGCCCUCCUCCACCUGACGUGGGCUGGGCCACAGCCGCUCUUGAGCUUAGUAGACUACUCGUGCCGGUAGAUCGCGACACUUCGUCUUGUAAGCCCGAGGAAUUGAAUGCUGAGGCUACACGAGCUCGUCGAGACCGGCAAUCUGGAGUCAGCCUACCAUCAGAAGCAAUCCCGAUUGAUUCCAGUCGUAUGCAGCUUCGAGAGAAACGACCAAAGCAGCAGGCGAAUACAGCAGAGAUGUCCAAGAAGCUUCCCUCCAGGACGAGCCGACGUAAGACCGUUGCUGAUAUGAAAUUGCUUACAUCAGAAACCACUAGCUCUUCCCCUAUUUCAGAGAGUACGGGUGAAGAAAGGCCUCGAAGACCCACGAGGAGGCGGUCAAGUGUUGCUUCUACUGUGACCUCGCUUAGCACAGAUCUUGGUUCCGAUUUCAAUUUGACCUCUGUUCCCGAAGAUCAAAAGGCUCGGCAGACUCGCCCACCGACCUCAGAUUCAGAGGCAGUGAAGCCUAGUUCAUCGAAACGGCCCCAUGUUGGAUUGACUUUGCCAACAGGGGGCUCUUCCUUACCUGAAGCACUGGAUCUUGACCAUACUGUACCAACCAAACAAGCUGUUGCUAAUUCCUUACCUUAUGUAAAUGAAGAUACCAAGGCUGAAGAGCUGAAUCAACUAACUUCCGGCAUGAAAAAAAUGAGUAUCAAGCUCAACGUACCUUCAAAAGAGGAGUAUGUAGCUCGACAGGUCAAGGCUAAGCCUGGCCCCAAAAGCAGGCCAACCAAAGCAUCUGCUGUCGUGUCCAAGACGGCCGUGCCUUCCAAGUCCAAUCCCAAAUCAUUGUCACCGGGAAAACCCAAAAGAAGAGGCAUCAAGGUUGCUUCAACUCCCAAUUCGAAGCUGGAUGCAGCAAAUGCCUCCAUCGACGCCCAUAAGAUUGCCAAUAUCGAAGUGGAUGGCGAGUCAAUGCCUGGCGUAACCCAGGGAGCCCCACCAGGAAAAACUUCCCAGGAUGAACCGCUACUGCAACCUCAAGCAACUUCUAAUCUGAACCCGAUAAGGGAUUGUCUAGAGCCUAAGUACGAUCCGAAUGAGGAAGCGAAAUUCGCCAUCGAAUCUAGCUUUCCACUGCCAACUCAAGAUCCGUCAUUCAUGCCUCCUGUUGCGGAGCCACAGCCACGCACACCCCCUACGGUUCGACGGACCAAGGCAGACCUGCCUAUUUUUUCUCCCACUUCACCCAUAGUCUUUAGCUCCAAAGAUCGGGCUAUAAUGAUUCCAUCCGUCAGAGCAAACGGCAUGGACCCUCGAGCUGCGACAGUUGAGCCUCUAGCACCAGUGUCGACCAAUCGACAGAUUGAUGCUGGACCUAAACCCAUUAUCAAAGAUCGAUAUGAUCACAUACCGCAGCCAGAAAUGGACAACGCAAGCACAUCCAUCUGGGAUGUCCCCGACACCCCGCAAAGCAGAAGCACUUGA